UUAGAGAUGCACAUGAAUAAAUACGAUCCCACUGAUCGUCAACCCAUCACCACUCCUCACCUCUCCUGUUCCAGCUCAGCUCAGAAGCUGACUAGCUCAUCAAGGUCUGCGAGCUAGGUUAGGAGCUGCAGUGUUGGAAGCUAGCAUUGAUCGAGCUUGUUGCCGUCGAGAUCAAUCCAGUGACCGUGGGUUGGUAGCAACCGCAACGAAAGCAUGAUGAAGCCGUGGCUACUGUUUGCAUGGGCCGUGCUGGCGGCCUCCGCGGUGGCGCGCGCGUCCCCGCCCCUGCAGGUCGGGUUCUACGAGCACUCGUGCCCGCAGGCCGAGGACAUCGUGCGCAACGCCGUCCGCCGCGCCGUCGCCAGGGACCCCGGCCUCGCCGCCGGCCUCAUCAGGAUGCACUUCCACGACUGCUUCGUCAGGGGCUGCGACGCGUCGAUCCUGCUCGAGUCGACGCCGUGGCAAAAGGCGGAGCGGGACUCGACGGCCAACAACCCGAGCCUGCGCGGGUUCGAGGUCAUCGACGAGGCCAAGGCCAUCGUGGAGGCGCACUGCCCGCGCACCGUGUCCUGCGCCGACAUCGUCGCCUUCGCGGCGCGCGACGGGGCCGCGCUCGCCGGCGGCAUCGACUACCGCGUCCCCUCCGGCCGCCGCGACGGCCGCGUGUCCGUCGAGGGCGAGGUGCUGGACGGCAACGUGCCGUUCCCGACCUUCACCGUCGGGGAGCUCGUCGAGAACUUCAGGCGCAAGGGGCUCUCGGCCGACGACAUGGUCACGCUCUCCGGUGCGCACAGCAUCGGCCGGUCCCACUGCUCGUCGGUCACGGAUCGGCUGUACAACUUCCAGGGCGAGCCGGGGCGGACGGACCCGGAGCUCGACCCGGCGUACGCGGCGGACCUGAAACGGCGGUGCCCGCCGUCGAUGAGCAACAUGGACUACCCCACGACGGUGCCCCUGGACCCGGUGACGCCGGCCGGCCUCGACAACCAGUACUUCAAGAACGUGCUGGCGCACAAGGUGCCCUUCACCUCCGACCAGGCGCUGCUCGACAGCCCCUGGACCGCGGGGCUCGUCGCGUUCCACGCCGCCGUUGGGCAGGCGUGGGAGGCAAAGUUCGCCGCGGCGAUGGUCAAGAUGGGCGCCAUCGAGGUACUCACCGGCCAAGAGGGUGAGAUCAGGGAGAAGUGCUCCGUGGUCAACCACUACUAGUUGACUCUGCGCCUGGGUCAAGACAGUUUUACGACAAGGAUUUUUAGCACAAUUUCAUAUUUGGGCCUGGGCGAAGACUUACGUACAUACAAGUCACAACAAGGUGCAUUCAUUAUUCAUUGGUGGAAGGAAGGUCCAUAAGGCGAAGCCCAUCAUAAAAUAAAUUGGUAUUGCACCGAAUGUUGUUGAAGGCCCAUACAAAUGCCGCCAACUUAUUGUGGUUUUCGGACUUUUGUGUAUUCGUUUAAAAAAGUUUUUCUUUGACUUUUUCUCUUUUGAAGAAGUUUAUUGCUACUUUGUAUUGUAAGCAUGCAAAUUGUACAGUGCACAUUCAUUCCAUCAAAAAAUAAUU